UGAGAAUAGUCACAGCAAUGUGCAAUCUUUUACGGUAAAAGAGGAAAAAGAUGCGUUGAACUUUGACUGUAAAAGUAAGGCUGAUGUAGAACUAGCUUCUGGUGGAUGUGUUAGUGAGCCCCAAUCUGAACUAAACCGUAACCUUCUAGAACUGUUCCUUGAUGAGGAUGAGCAGGUUUCAGUUCACUCAGUCCUGGCCCAACUGAAGCGUAACGGCAUCAGACCAUUCUGUGACCCAAGGCUUGUUCAGAUGGUGAACAAGCUCUCUAUAGACCCUGCUGGUCUCACCAUACCUAAUGAGAUAGGGGUCAAGAAGCUUGUUUCCAAAGAAGAAUUUAUUGAAGCUUGUUCCUCUUCUAACAACAUUCUCAACCAAUCCUUGGGCUCCAACCUCGUCAUCCCUGAUUUCCAAGAAUUUAGUAAGGAGUUGAAAAACCUCUUUCACGAACUGUCAGACUUUAAAGGCGGUAAGAAUGCAGACUACAUUCCACAGCUCUCCAGAGCCGACCCUAACUUGUGGGCUAUAUCCGUCUGUACAAUUGACGGUCAAAGAUUUUCUGUCGGGGACACUAACAUACCCUUUUGUAUUCAAUCUUGCUGCAAGGCCCUGAACUACGCUAUCAACGUGUCUGAAAUAGGGGCUGAUGCUGUACAUCUGCAUCUUGGCAAGGAGCCUAGUGGGAUAGGCUUCAACCAGAUAGCACUGGAUAAGCACGGUCUACCGCACAACCCAAUGAUAAACCCAGGUGCCAUUAGUUGCUGUAGUGUCAUACGUCCUCAGGAUACUCUGGCGGACAGGUUCGACCAUAUCACCCAACAGUACAAGACGAUGGCUGGGAACGAGUUUGUCGGGUUCAGCAACGCUACCUUUCUUUCCGAGAAAUCAGUCGCUGACCGGAACUUUGCUAUUGCUUACUUUCUACACGAACACAAUGUGUUCCCCAAAGGGACCAAUCUGAAGGAAACACUGGACCUCUACUUCCAGCUGUGUUCUGUAGAGACCACCUGUGACUCAGGCUCAGUGAUCUGCGCUACCCUAGCUAACGGAGGGGAAUGUCCGACCAGUCGGGAGGUGUGCCUGUCUCCGGAUGCAGUGAGGAACACCCUGUCUCUCAUGUUCUCGUGUGGCAUGUACGAUUACUCUGGAGAGUGGAGUUUUGAGGUGGGCUUCCCUGCUAAGUCAGGAGUUGCUGGUUCUAUCUUCAUUGUUAUCCCUGGGGUUAUGGGGAUUUGUGUGUGGAGUCCCCCGUUAGAUGAGCUGGGUAACAGUUACCGAGGAGUUGAGUUUGCUAAAAGACUUGCCCAGAAGUUUGCCUUCCACCAGUUUGAUAAUAUCCAAGGUAACCAGACAAAGAUGGACCCGCGACGAAACCCAAAGUCGGAGAGCAAAGAGAUACAAAUCCUAAACCUGAUCUCCGCUGCCAACAACCGUGACAUGGUGCUUCUUCACAAGUACUUCGAAAUAGGGAUAGACUUCAACAUCUGUGACUACGACAACAGGACCCCCCUUCACCUGGCAGUGGCUGCGGAUCAUCUCACUGUGGUUAGGUUCCUGGUUGAGAAAGCUAAGGUUAAUGUUAACCCCAUUGAUCGGAUGAGAACCACUCCGAUGGAUGAGGCCUUGCGGAGUGGUUCUCAUGCUGAGUGUACCAACCAGGAAGUUAUCAAGUAUCUCCGCAAAAAGGGAGCUAAAACAUGUGAGCAGCUCCUAAUGGCGGCUAGUGUCCAGUAUUAGUCAGAACUAGAGGAGUUUUGUUAAAUUGUUCUGUGAUCUGACUUAGUACCUGAUCCCCCCGGGUCUGAUGAACUGCCAGUCUGAACAAAAUA